UUGGGUCACGCCGCUAAAAAAUGUCCUGUCAAUCAAGCGAGAGGCACCACCCAGUCGAGCCGGUUCCAGCAAGUCUAGUUGGAUUUUCGCUGCCGUCCAUCCUUUUGCUUUUGUGAUUAAUUUCUGGACAACUUGUGAAGUCACUGCAUGGAACAACGUCACUGAGCAGUUUGCUGCACCAAUACAGCAACAGUCCUUAACUGACACAUAUCCCGGAAUCCUUACUCUGUCCAUCUUUAAAGCAAACUAUGGAAGACAGAUCAGAUCAGGUUCAGAAGGCCAAGUUGGCAGAACAGGCUGAGCGCUAUGAUGACAUGGCCAAAUGUAUGAAGCUGGUCACAGAGACUUUAGAAGAUGAGCUGGCAAACGAGGAGAGGAACCUGCUGUCUGUUGCCUACAAAAAUGUGGUCGGAGCGAGGCGGUCUGCCUGGAGGGUGAUCAGCAGCAUCGCACAGAAGACCGAACCAUGUGAUGAGAAGCUGUCAAUGGUUAACGCAUACCGGGAGCAGGUGGAGAAUGAGCUGAAGGACAUCUGCGAAGAAGUCUUGCAUCUGCUGAAUACACAUUUAAUCCCAAAAUGUAAAAGUUGUGAGAGCAAAGUCUUCUACCUAAAGAUGAAGGGAGACUACUAUAGAUACCUUGCUGAAGUCGCUUCUGGAGACAGUAAGAAAGAAACCACUUCAAAAUCACUGGAGUCCUACACGAGUGCAUAUGACUUGUGCCAAGAAGAAAUGGAGUCCACACAUCCCAUUCGCUUGGGCUUGGCCCUGAACUUCUCUGUCUUCUACUAUGAGAUUGUUAACUCUCCAGAAAAAGCCUGCUCCUUGGCUAAGAAGGCAUUUGAAGACGCCAUUGCAGAGCUUGAGAAGUUAAAUGAGGAAUCCUACAAAGACAGCACCCUCAUCAUGCAGCUCCUCAGAGACAACCUGACAUUGUGGACAUCGGACAACCCAGCUGAAGAGGGCGAAGGUGGAGACGCAGGCGAAAAUGUUGACAAUGAAAAUGAAAAGUAAAAUCCCA